AUGAGUUAUAUGCUGGGACAUUUACAUAAUGGUUGGCAAGUUGAUCAGGCAAUUUUAUCGGAAGAAGAUCGUGUAGUGGUUAUUAGAUUUGGACAUGAUUGGGACCCAACUUGUAUGAAAAUGGAUGAAGUUCUGUACAGCAUAGCAGAGAAAGUAAAAAACUUUGCUGUCAUAUAUCUCGUUGACAUCACAGAAGUGCCAGACUUCAACAAAAUGUAUGAAUUGUACGACCCAUGCACAGUGAUGUUCUUUUUCCGCAAUAAACACAUAAUGAUUGAUCUUGGCACUGGCAACAACAACAAGAUAAACUGGCCACUAGAGGAUAAGCAGGAAAUGAUCGACAUAAUAGAGACUGUAUACCGUGGAGCUCGUAAGGGACGUGGUUUAGUUGUCUCUCCAAAAGAUUAUUCAACAAAAUAUAGGGAUUCCAUGGUCACCCAUUACAAGACCACAAAAAGAGAUGAUGAGGAUCAACAUUAUUGGGUUUCUGGAAACCUCAAGAGAAGUAUCAAAGAAACAGUGGUGAACAGCUUAGAAGGUAUGUUCAAGAUAAUAAAAGACAUGGAAAAGCAAGGAAAUUCGUUGCAAGGAAAGUCGAAAGAGGAGAUUGAGCCAAAUAACGAUAAAAUCCUACAAGAGGUCAAAGCUAUUAAAAAGAUAUUGCUAGAAGACAGGAAAACGUAUGCUGAAAUAGCGGCUAUCUCCAAGGAGCCAAAAUUCCAGGCACCUAAACAAGUCGCACCCAUACGCAAUACUGACCCUACGCACAGCCUGAUAAUCUCUUCGGAAGAUACGAAGGAUACCAGCGAAGUAGUCCUAACUAAGAUCCGCACAGCCGUAGACGCAAAAAAUAGUGGACUUCAUGUAGAAAUGGUCCGCAAGGCAAAGAACCAAAAAGUAGUUCUUAGCUGUUCCAGCAAGGACGAAAUCGAAAUGAUCACUAAAAGGAUCGAGGAAGGAUGUAAGGAGCUAAAAGUUGAAGUCGCUAAAAAUAAAGACCCACUUGUAAUUAUCAAGAAUGUAUUAUCAUACCAUUCGGAUGAAGAGGUUAUAAAUGCUUUAAAAAGGCAAAAUAAGAAUGUACUGCAACACAUUCCCGCUGAAGAAUCCCGCAUGGAAAUCCGCUAUCGCCGCAAGGCCAGAAAUCCACUCGAGAAUCAUAUCGUCCUACAAGUUUCGCCUAAGAUCUGGCAAAACCUAACCUCCACGGGUUUGGUAUUCGUCGAUCUUCAAAAAUGCGUUGUAGAGGACCAAUCACCGUUGGUACAGUGAACGAAGUGCUUGGGCUACGGCCAUGGCCGGAAACUCUGCAAAGAGCCAGAAAAUCUUUGCUCUCACUGCGGAGAGGCUCACAUGAAGGCUGACUGUCCAAAAUGGAAUAAGCACGAAAAACCAAGUUGCAAAAACUGCGGAGAAGCCAAGCUCGAGAAAACAAACCAUAACGCUUUCGACAACACAUGUCCAAUCCGUAGAAAAUGGGAUGCAUUAGCGCGGCAGGCUAUUGCCUAUUGCUAA